AUAUAACUUGGGCGAAACGAAAAGAGUGAAGAACUAGUGAACAUUUUCAGAAGAGAGUUACAAACUUACACGAACGCAAACAAAGACUCACAGCGAGCGAGCGAGAGAGAGAGAGAGAAAUGGUGCUGUGGGAGAUCACGUUGGGGACUGCGUAUUUCUUGGGGCUGAAGCGCACGUACAGGCUCGCUUUGAGGAUUCAACGCAAGGUCGUUAGCCCCAAGCAUCCCAAGAUCCGCCAGUUUCUUCACAGACGUACACAUGCUGUAUUUGAUGUAGCACUCAAGGUUCACCGGAACAUUCAAGAGAGGGACAUAGAAGUUGGUCGGAAUCUUGGUAACUGGAUUCUGCGGUGGCUUGACCAAAUGAAACCAUCAGCUCAGAUUGGUGGUUCCUCUCCUGGAAAACCCCCCAGUAGUGCUAGCUCAGGGUUGAGCAUGACAAAGCAGAUAAGCAACUCCUCCAACCUGAAACCUCCUUGGGAAACCCAAAUAUCCAGAAAUCAGGAUUCUUCUAGGCAUCUGUUUACCUCGCCGAGAACUAUUUGGCCUAAGCCUUUUCCAACCAUUUCGAUGAUGAUGCGGCCACCAAAGCCUGCUGGGACUAUGACCCAGUAUAGGCACUUCUCUGGCCCUGAAAUGUUGAAAUCAAAUUCUACAAGAGCUUGGUCGGAGGGAGGUCUCCGGAAGGACAUAAUGCAGUGGAUGCUAUAAAACUAACAAUGAAAACCUUUUUGGUUUUUCUCAUGAGAAGGAAGACUUUUGAAAUUCAACUAUGGAAGAGGUGGUUUCUGAGUUGGUGAUUGAAAGGACACAAUGUAAUGAGAAACUGACGGCUAGGACAUUUUUUUUUGGUUCAUUGCCUCAUGAAGAUUUUGAUUUUCUUUUUUCCUUUUUGUUUUCCUGGAUUUUGUAUAUUCUUUUGAGCCUCUUCAUCUAAGAACUUGCAGCUGCUCGAGAUCAGAGAUGACUUGUUAUUCAUAAUAAGAGAAGCCUUUUUUUUUUUCUUUAA